UUGGCUAUGCAUUUUUACAAAGUUAUACUUUUAGAAUAUUUAGAAUUUUCUUACUAACCUUAAUCGAAAACUUUUGCGUACUCGAAAGGCCCAGAUAAUGGAGAUUUUCAAUCAGGCAUAUCCUAAACGCCUAAAGCUGAGUGCAGUCGUGAUAGCGGAGGGGACAAACUUGUUGAUGUUGAGUUGGCAGUUUGGCUUCAAUGUGAAUUCGUCACAUAUGAGUGUUUUUUCUAAAAACUGCACCUUGCUUGUAGGCGUCUUGAAUCUGGCGUCUUGAAUUCACACCCAGCAGAACCUUUUUGUGUCUAUGCCGUUAUCACAGAGCGGCGUCGCGACGUUACGGUCUGGGGGGAACUCAGCCCACAGUGGGCAUCACUUAAACCAGCUUCGGUUCUAUUUGUAUUCUCUUGGUUUUUAAUUCUUGUCGUAGUGCUGGAAGGACUGAUGCGGCGGCUGCCAUGACACUAAGGAGAGCUGGAAACAACAUUGAAACAGGGUGGUGGCUGUGUAAUGCUGUGGGGAUGUUUUCCUAAAGUUAAUGGGAUGGAACUCAGCCAAAACACACAGACAUCAACUGAUCCGACUGAACUAAAGUAAAUGGAGUCCUUCUCGUUCUACUGGCCGUGGCCAUACUGAUCAUAGUUCAUCGAAACCUCCUGAACCUCAGUGACUUCUUGGACAGAGAACACCCAGCGCUGUGCGGUUAACGUGCCCCAAUCCAGAUGCCGGACAGAUUCUUCCUUUCGAGGCGGAGUUGUCUCCUGGUGUCAGGCAGAAGAUGGAAAGGAAAGGAGACGAGAUUCCUGUCCUCAUCACUGCCUCAGAGGACAGGCUUGGGGCCGUGAUCGUUGCGAUGAACAGCGUCUCCCGGAACAGCAAAGCCAACGUGGUCUUCACUAUUGUGACCCUGAAUGAUACAGUUGAUCACCUAAAAGCGUGGAUAAGUAAGACAACGUUAAAAAAUGUCAAAUAUAAAAUAGUUAUCUUCCAACCAGAGCUUCUGAACGGGAAGAUAUCAAAAGAUCCUAAAAUGCUGGAAGCUGCAAAACCAUUGACUUUUGCCAGGUUUUAUCUGCCCAUGUACAUAUCGGGGGUGGAGAAGGCGAUUUAUCUUGAUGAUGACGUUGUUGUACAAGGAGACAUUCAAGAGCUUUAUGAAAUCAACCUGAAACCGGGACAUGCAGCUGCCUUCUCUGAUGAUUGUGACUCAGCUUCUGCUAAGGGCAUCGUUCGAGGGGCUGGAAAUCAGAACAACUACAUGGGUUUCCUGGACUUUAAAAAGGAGGCUAUUAAAAAGCUGGGGAUGAAGGCCAACACGUGCUCCUUUAAUCCAGGAGUCAUUGUCGCAAACCUGACCGAGUGGAAGAACCAGAACGUCACCCAGCAGCUGGAGAAGUGGAUGGAGCUCAACUCUCAGGAGGAUCUGUACAGUAACACGCUCGCAGAAAGCAUUACAACCCCUCCGCUUCUCAUCGUCUUUUAUAAACGUCACUCCCCCAUCAACCCGAUGUGGCAUGUGAGACACCUGGGUAUCACAGGCGCUGGAAAUCGCUACUCUCCCCAGUACGUGAGGACUGCUAAACUGCUGCACUGGAAUGGACAUUAUAAGCCCUGGGGGAGGACAUCGUCCUUCUCCGACGUGUGGGACCAGUGGUUCAUCCCUGAUCCCACAGGGAAGUUUCAUCCCGUGCGAAAACACGCAGACUGAAAAAUUACUCUUCGGAGACCUUUGGACCAAACGCAGUCCCUGGUGGAACACAGUGUGGCUCCUUUCACCUCAGGAACUAAGCAGCCAGCAGUCUUAUUCGUCAUCCUCUGGAUUUGUGGUACCUCUUCACUCCGACGUUGUCUUGAACACAGACGCCUGUUUUUACAAAAUGUUUUCCUUGCAAUGACUCCAACUUGCCCUUAGAGUUUCUUUUACCAGACAAAAUGCAUCAUCAAUCAUAUGAUACAGCAUUACAUAAUGUUCUAGAGUUUCUCAGGCCUUUUGAGACCAUAUUUGACCAUAGAUUUAUUCUUUUUGUUUAGGAAUCCCAUGGCCACAUGAGCUUUAGUUGUGUUUUAGGUGCUGUGACUCACACAGAUCAGUUACUGCCUCACAAGUGCACUAAAAUGAAGCCGUUACCAUUUUCACAACUUUAUAGUCUAAUAUUUUGCAUACCUAAUUAGUAGGGACCCUAUUCCACCAGAUGAACCACAUACAGCUGCUUAUUUAAAGCCAGUCAUAGCUGUUGGUCCUCAGUUUAGCUUCGACACAGAAGUUAAACUCAAAGCUUAAAAUGUACUAAACAAAAACAGUGUGGUCUAAAUUUAAGAUUACAUUUUUUUUAUACUUGUUAAACUGCAGGAAGGCUGCCAAGAGAAAUGGUCAUCACUGUGCAAAGGUUUAAUGCCCAUUUAUGGUAAUUGCUUAAUUAUGGCCUUAAUAGAAGCUUAACUGUUGCUAAAUGACAGCUUAGUGUAAGAUAAAGGAUUUUUCGGUUUACAGAGCAGUAAUGAUAUAGUGGCCAAUGUGUAUUUAUGUGUGCUUACCUCCUCCCUGCUAACUCUCCCAAAGGCUAAUAUCAGUGCUUAAAAUACUUUAGGAUUUUUUUUAUUUUUUGCACACAAGAUUUAUCCAACCUUUUUUUUUUUUAACCAGUAUUUAAAAACCUCAAGUUGACCAGUUUAAAUACAACCUCACUCCCCCCCCCGCCCCAACUAUACAAGUGUAAAAAUGAACACUAACAUUCCUUGUUACAUUGUGGAUUUUUAAUAACCAGACCACUAACCUCUGCGUUGCCUCGGCAUUUGCACAAAUACUGCAUGCCUUGUUUGCUUUUUAAGUAGUUUCCUGUUCUGUGUUUUGUACAAUGCCAAUAAAGUAUAUCUGCUGUUUCC